AAUGUCAUCAUUUUUAUUAGUACUAUUACUAUGAUCUGAAAAUGAAAAUAACUAGAUAAGACGAUGAAAAAGUCCACAAAAGUCAUUAUAUUAUAGAUCCACAACAAUCCCACCUGCAUCAAUAAUCUCUGCUCCAUCUAGCUUUUACUACAAUAACCAUGGCUCCAAAAAUCUUGGAUGUUCUCUCUAAAUCCAAACGCAUAAUAUAUACUCAACCUCGUCACUACCUCACUCUCUCCCUCAUCUUCCUCCUACCUCUCUCUUUCUUCUCCCUCAUCUUCCAACUCAUUCGCAAACACCUUCAACAACAGCAACCACCCCCCACAAGCCAGACCAACAUCAUCUCUUUGUAUCUCCUCUUCUUCCUUUUCUCUUCAAUCUUCUCAUACGGUGCCUUCAUCACCAUCUCUCGCAGCGUCUAUCACGCCUUCUUUAAUCAACCCAUCAAACUCAAAGAAGCCAUCAAAUCCAUCUCCACUUCCUUCUUCCCGUUACUCGCCACAGACAUCGUUACAUUCGUCAUUUUAUUCUUCAUCUUUUUUCUCCUCACAUUUCUACUUGGAGUUGUCUUGUUUCUUAUAGUUUAUCUUGGAGAUAUCAACCUCACAACUCAUCCUUACUUUAUUAUGCUAUUUUCCAUGGUUCUUAUGCUUGUUUUUCUCCCUCUUGUGACGUAUUUGAUGAUUAACUUGAGUUUGGUGAAAGUUAUAGUGGUGGUGGAAUCAGUUUGGGGUUUAGAACCAUUGAGAAGAAGUUGGAAACUAGUGAAAGGAAUGAAGAUGUUGAUCUUGUCAAUCUUUUUCAUGUUUGGGUUCUUGCAAUUGGUGUUGGGGUUGAUAACUCGUUAUAGCAUGGUACUGAUUUUAGUGAUUUCUCCAAUACUUGCUAUGCUUUCGCUUUGCAAUAUUGUGGUUCUUACGGUGUUGUACAUUUACUGCAAGGAGAAACAUGGAGAGCUUGCAGGUGAAGAAUUUGGGAAGGACAAGGAAGGGGCUAGCUUGUCCUUAAUCCCCUUAUAGAAAUGGUUGAUUAAUUCCUAGUCUAAAAUUUGCUGUUUCUUUAUAUGAAUAAAUGAUUAUAGUUAUCUACUAUAAAAAAUGAUUAUUGUUAUCUACUAUAAAUAAAAUGAUUAUAGUUACAUGAUUUAAUAUAUUCAGAAUAAUUCGUGUUAAUAGUGUAGGAAAAGUCACGAAUUAUUUGAUCAAUUAUGGUGGGCGAAAUUAUACAAGUUAAACUAGUG